GCUCUCUGCCCUCAAUCACAAUUACCGAAUUGAGGCGCCGCAUUUUGUGUGCUGAGCUUCAGGAGUUAAAACAAGCAGACAGGAUGGGAGUCGAGGUCGAAACCAUUACUCCUGGAGACGGAAGUACUUUCCCUAAAAAAGGGCAGACCUGUGUCGUGCACUACGUGGGCUCUUUGACAGAUGGACGUAAAUUCGACUCUUCCCGGGACCGGGGAAAGCCUUUCAAAUUCAAGAUCGGCAAGCAGGAAGUGAUCCGUGGCUGGGAUGAAGGAGUAGCCCAGAUGAGUGUGGGGCAGCGUGCCAAGCUGACUUGCACUCCGGACUUUGCUUACGGGAGCAAGGGCCACCCAGGCAUCAUUCCUCCCAAUGCCACCCUCAUAUUUGACGUGGAGCUGCUUGGCUUGGAAUAAAGCACCCACAAUUGGACUCAGGUUAUUCCCUAUUCAUUCUUUCAGGGUCAACCUUUUUAAGGAACAUUGCUUCAUGCAUGUGAUCCUCAAAAGGGGCUAGUGUUAAUAGCCAUACCACUUCGCUUAGCUCUGCUAUACAUUUGUAUAUUUUGUUUCCUUUUUAUUUCUUUCCCACUUGUCAUACUUACUGGUAUUCCCUCAAUCAUCGGACGUUCACUAUGAAACAAGUUUCUUUUUAUUUCCUUUCCUCCUGUCUUUGUAUUGAUUUCGGUGUUGUAAAUGCGACCACAGCAACAGGGUUUUGGCUGAGCUGGUAAUAAGUACUCUGGUGGGGAAAUCUGUUUAAAUAUAAAACAAUAAACUACUUGAAAAUAAAUUGUUUAUAAAAACACAAA